CUCCCUAACCUCAAAUUCAAAAGUGACCUUCACCAUGUUAUUUUCGCUUUUUUCUUAAUCCCCAUUGCGUUUUAUCUCGCUAUGAAGGUGGUGGCGUUGAUCAGCGGGGGCAAAGACAGCUGCUUCAACAUGAUGCAGUGUAUAGCAGCCGGGCAUGAAAUCGUAGCCCUGGCCAACAUCAGCCCCCAUAAUAAGUCUGAGUUGGACAGCUACAUGUACCAGAGUGUGGGACACGAAGCCAUCGAGUUUAUCGCGGCUGCGAUGGACCUGCCCCUGUACCGCGAGGUCACUAAGGGAGUGAGCACCCAGCAAGGUAAAGUCUAUGAACCGUCCCCCGACGACGAAGUGGAGGAUUUGUUCCGCGUGUUGGGGCAAGUCAAGAGCGAUUUGGAGAUUGAGGGGGUGUCCGUGGGGGCGAUUCUGUCGGAUUAUCAGCGAAUCAGGGUCGAGAAUGUGUGCAUCAGGUUGGGGUUGGUACCCUUGGCGUAUCUGUGGCAACGCGAUCAAAAGGAGUUGCUUGAUGAAAUGAUCAGAUGUGAAGUGGAUGCGAUUGUGAUCAAAGUUGCAGCUUUGGGGCUCGACCCGGGGAAACACUUGGGGCGGAGUUUGAGUUCGCUGCAGCCCCAUUUGUUGGCAAUGAGCGAGAAGUACGGGUUGAACGUCUGUGGCGAAGGGGGCGAGUACGAGACACUCACUCUUGACUGUCCCCUUUUCAAGAGCAGAUUAGUCAUUGACGAAUCGGAAGUAGUCCUCCACUCCUCAGACCCCAUUGCUCCUGUGGGGUACCUCCAGCUCAACAAACUUAGUCUUGAGACCAAACUCCCCCUUCUAGAUUUACAAAACCGACUCAAUGGCCUACCCCUGAAAGACAGUGACGGCUACGUGACCGAUUAUGGGGUCGAAGCAUCCGAUUUUAGUGACGAUGACUCGGUCAACUCACUCGAAAACGCCGCUAUCACGCUUGAAACACUUGAACAAGAACCCAUGGGGGUGAAGAGUCGGGAUGGGUGGCUUUGUAUCGCCGGUAUCCAAGGCCGUUCAUCGGACUUCCAUGAAGCUAUGGAGGAAGCCGCCAUGAAAUUAAAGUCUAUUCUGGGUCAACACGACCAAACCGUCCAAGACGUCUGCUCUUUGGUGAUGUUUAUCUCAGAUAUGUCACGAUAUGCGGAGCUAAAUCAAGUCUACUGCGAUACUUUUAAUCAUGUAAACCCCCCAAGCCGGGCCUGUGUUGAGGUCCCAUCUUGUUUUCCCGUUAUUUUGACAGCGUUGUCAUGGAAACAACCACACAACCACUCUGGGGAUUUCCCUCUUGAAAGACACACGAUGCAUGUCCAGAGCCGGUCUCAUUGGGCCCCUGCCAAUAUUGGGCCCUACAGUCAAGCUGUAAGAGUGGGGGAACUGAUACACCUCGCAGGCCAGAUUGGGAUGAUCCCAGGGAGUUUAGAACUGGUCAAAGGUGGGAUUAAGGCCCAGUGCCAACUAGCUUUAAGACACGUGGGACGACUUCUUAAAGCCGUCGAUUCAAAUAUUAAUCUCAGAGAUGUUGUCCAGGGAAUUUGUUACGUCACUGAGGUUAGUUUCGUCGAACAUGCCCGUAAACUGUGGGAAGAAAAGACGAAUAAUGCCAUAGUGGACUACGUGGUAGUGAGCCAAUUGCCAAAGAGUGCUUUAGUAGAGUGGCACGUGUGGGCCCACAGACACAACAACCAGUUUGAAUAUGAGGAGACUGGUAAGUGCUUCCAAGGAUACUCAAUCUCGAUUUACCGACGCUGGAAUUACGAAAACGACAUAGCGGCGGUCGUUUGUUAUGUGCAUAAUACCGAAGAAACCGAAUUAACCGAAGAUAUUUUUAUAGAAACUGUAGACUACGUUAUACAGAAAUUAAACCAAGGCCAUGAAAACGUCGCAACUUCGGUCUACAAUCUAAAUAUUUUUUACCCCCGAAUGAAAAUUCGGACUCUCAAUGUGGACUACCUGCAAAGGCUGGCCGAAAAUAUUGCCCUGGUUUACACACUAGUACCUGUGACUUAUGUCAAGAGUGAACACACGUAUCUGUCGAUUUGUGGUGUGCGAAACCAGUAAUUUGUUGUUUUAUUUUGAUUGUUAUUAUUUUAAAUGUUUACAAAAUAUACAUUUAUUUAGUA